AUGCUGCAGCACCUCCAGCUGGCAGCAGCUGCUACCCAAAAUGACUGCCGUUUUGUCGUUGGCGCGGUUGCGAGAACUUCUCGCCAUCCCGAGGCGUCCCGUCCGCUCCGUCCGCUAUCGCCACACCCUUGUUGGACUUCCGCCUCCUUCUCGCCAUCCCGACGUCUUCCCCGUUUUCCCGCGCUAUCGCCUGUCGCCAUGCCGUGCGCGCGCAUGUCGGGCCUGUGUGGCGGCCUCGCCGCACUCAUCGCGGGUGUCUUUGCCAUCAGCUUCCUCACGACCCACGCAAGCGCUGAUGCUGACCCGUGUGUCGGCGUGGACUGUGGGUUAGAGGCUACUUGCUUUGCUCUCAGUGCUACCGAAUCCGUUUGCAGUUGCAACAAGGAUGGUUUUUCCUUCAUCGAGGCUGACAGGACGUGCUUCGCCCCGUUGGUGCGGACGACGGUGGCACUGCAGCCAAAAGGCGUCAGCAAGGUGGACGUCACCUUCCGGACAAAGCUGCCGGCAGAGCAGGCCAGUGGCACCACCGCGUGCGGCAGCACGUACGUCAAAGUCCAAGGCAUCACCAAGAUCACCGUCGUGUGGAAUGCAUCCAACCCUGUCGCGACUGGCCGCCCCGCGCCUAGCAACGCCAUGUGCAAAAGCCUGUCGUUCUACUCUGACUGGGACUGCACGCAGAAGCUGGACUUUACUGCUAUCGCGCGACCUGCAAAGAAGGGCAGUUCCUACCCC